AUGGAUGUUUCUCACUGCUCUCCUCUGCAGCUCCAGGACAACGCCUUCCUCUUUGACUGCGAGUCUCUCCUGGACAAGUGCUACGAUCCUCUGGCCUUCGAUCCAGCCACUGAUCCGGGUUACUUCAGCGCUGGUAGCAGCCUGUCUCCCACCUCCUCUGUGGACUCCUUCUGUUUCUCCCCAUCCUCUCUCCAGGGAAACGAACAAGAUGCUUUAGACUGUUUCAUCUUCAAAAGCCCGGUAGUGCCUCAUUCUUCCAGUGAGACACAGUCUUGCUCCAGAUCCUCCACAACCACCUCCACCACCAAGAAAUCCAGGUCAAGGUACCCGGGGAAGAAGCGUCAGACGGCCAGUGAGAGGGAGAAGCUGAGGAUGAGAGAUCUGACCAAAGCCAUGCAUCACCUCAGGACCUACCUGCCUGCUUCAGUGGCUCCAGUCGGACAGACCCUGACAAAGAUCGAGACCCUGCGCCUCACCAUCCGCUACAUCUCCUACCUGUCGGCUCAGCUGGGCCUCAGCGAGGAGGUGCUGGAGCAGAGGAAGACCUCAGGCUCGCUGGAGCAGCCACAGACCCUCAACCAGUACCUGGGUCAGCCGACAUCCAGCCUUGGAGAAUGUAACAGCACGAGCUCAGCACAGAUGUCAAGUCUGCAGCCGUCAUAUCAGGUUCCUGGACUUUCUGGAGUUUGUUUUUCACCUGAGCAGUACUGGAUGCAGCAACAUCAAAACGUCCCCUUCUCUGGACACUGCUGA